AUGAAAGGGAGGGGCAAGACCACAGAAAAAAGGCCCAGGGGAAUACGAAGAGAGAACGAGAGAAAAGGAAACAGUGAUUUAUUGCUAAGAGAAGUUUCUCUCCUAAGUUCUCUAGGUCAAGAAGUCAGACAAGGCGCAGAGCAUGGGAAGGAGGUAACAGACACCCAGUGCGUGAUCCUGGAGACACAGGAGCUCAGCCCAAUGGGAGUGCGAGUCCACACCGUGUGGGCCUCUGCCCUGGUGUACUUCAUCCAGCUUCCUUGGGCAAGAUGUGAGGAGAACUGUGUCAGCCCUGAACAUUGCCUGACCACAGAUUGGGUACAUCUCUGGUACAUAUGGUUGCUGGUGGUAAUUGGUGUGCUGCUUCUCCUGUGUGGCCUGACUUCUGUGUGUUUCCGCUGCUGUCUGAGCCGCCAGCAAAACGGGGAAGAUGAGGGCCGGCCACCCUACGAAGUGACAGUCAUCGCUUUUGAUCAUGACAACACUCUCCAGAGCACAAUCACUUCCCUGCAGUCCGUGUUCGGCCCUGCGGCUCGGAGAAUCCUGGCAGUGGCCCACUCCCACAGCCCUCUGGGCCAGCUGCCCUCCUCCGUGGACACCCUCCCAGGGUAUGAGGAAGCUCUUCACAUGAGUCGCUUCACUGUCGCAAGGUGUGGGCAGAAAGCACCUGACCUACCUCCAGUGCCAGAGGAAAACCAGCUGCCCACAACAGAGAAGGAGGCUCCUGGAGGCGAACACUCUUCAAAUUGAUGGGGACUUGGCUUGUGUAAAUGGGGUGCGGGUAUCUCCAGAGUUGGUUAAGAUAGACAAAAGGAACAUUUUAUUGCUAACUUUCAGAAGACUUAGGAUGCCAUCUAAACAUCAUUCAGUGGAAAACAUGGAUUCCGAUUCUUCGUUUCCAGCCACAUAUUUUCUGAUAUGGAAUGCUCUGAGAACUCUCACUGUUCAUCCAAUGCCAAGAUUUGCAACAAACCUCUAGCAAUGCUUCAGAGGUUUCUUGAAUUCCUUGAACUGCUGAGUUCCACCCAUAUAAUACUGCAAGUUGCUUUCUCUGCCAGCUCACAGAUAAGAAAGAAUACACUUAAGGAGAAAGACAACCAUCAGCAUUAAUGCACCAAAUUCACGUUUGCUCUUGAGAGAACACCCACUUCUAUAAUGAAUGACAAGGGUGAUCUUGAACAUCAUGUAACACCUAACUGGACAUCCAGAAUCCAGGGGUGGGAUUGCAGGUAGGGGCUAGGAAAACAGCCAAAUAUUAAAGUGCCAAAUAUCAAGGUCUUUCUUUUGCUCUGGUUCUAUUUUUCACUCUGGACACUGCACAGAGUGCAGUAACAGUUCUAUUCAUUUUUUGGUCCCUCUGCCUUGUGAACACACAUAUGCACCCUUUUUUAA